CUUUGAACUAGAAUAGAAUGACACAUUUGAUGUCUUGGGUUGACUGACUCUAACCUCGCCAGACAAUUCCACAAUAACGUUAUCGAUUCAAUAUAAACAUGAAAAGCGCCAUCAUCAUUGUCGCUGUGGGUCUCGCUCAAACGUCCUUGGCCGCAUUUUGUGCCGCGUCCGCGUAUCUUGGAGCAGGACGACCUGGCAGCUGUACCGGACAAAAUCUGGGUUAUGGGAAUUCGUCACGACCAGGGGUUAGCGAAUGCUUCGAGGCAAUCAACGGCGCCUGUGGGUUGGUCACAGAUCGAACUGUUGGGGGAGGCUGUAAUUGCACUGUAAAUUACUUCUCUGGAGGAGAUUGCAAUCGCACUUCCGUGGGGUCUCUGCGCUGUAACAGGGUUGGUGCUUCUCUGCAAGUCAACUUUGAUCACUUUAAUAUUCGCUGCCCCAAAGACGGAAGUGCAGAAGAGGGUUCUACUCAGGUAUCGCACUGGUUCAUAUAAGAAAAUUCUAGCCAUGUCGGAGAACUACAAUC